GGCGCCAAGAUGGCGGCCGCGGCGGUUGCACGAGCGGUUCCUGUGGGCUCUGGACUCCGGGGCCUGCAACGGAACCUACCUCUGGUGGUAAUUCUCGGGGCCACGGGCACCGGCAAAUCUACCCUGGCGUUGCAGCUAGGCCAGCGGCUUGGUGGCGAGAUCGUCAGCGCUGACUCCAUGCAGGUCUAUGAAGGUCUAGACAUCAUCACCAACAAGAUUUCUGUCCAAGAGCAGAGACUCUGCCAGCACCACAUGAUCGGCUUUGUAGAUCCUCUUGUGACCAAUUACACCGUGGUGGACUUCAGAAACAAAGCAACUGCUCUGAUUGAAGAUAUAUUUGCCCGAGACAAAAUUCCUAUUAUUGUAGGGGGAACCAAUUAUUACAUUGAAUCUCUGCUCUGGAAAGUUCUUGUCAAUACUAAGCCCCAGGAGAUGGGCACUGACAAAGUGAAUGACCGGAAAGUGGAGCUUGAAAAGGAGGAUGGCCAUGAACUCCACAAACGCCUAAGCCGGGUGGACCCAGAAAUGGCUGCUAAGCUGCACCCUCAUGACAAGCGCAAAGUGGCCAGGAGCUUGCAAGUGUUUGAAGAAACAGGAAUCUCUCAUAGUGAAUUUCUUCAUCGUCAACAUGCAGAGGAAGGUGGUGGUCCCCUUGGAGGUCCUCUGAGGUUCUCUAACCCUUGCAUCCUCUGGCUUCAUGCUGACCAGGCAGUCCUAGAUGAGCGCCUGGAUAAGAGGGUGGAUGACAUGCUUGCUGCUGGGCUCCUGGAGGAACUAAGAGAUUUUCAUAGACGUUAUAAUCAGAAGAAUGUUUCAGAAAAUAGCCAGGACUAUCAACAUGGUAUCUUCCAGUCAAUUGGCUUCAAGGAAUUUCACGAGUACCUGAUCACAGAGGGAAAAUGCACACCAGAGACUAGUAACCAGCUUCUAAAGAAAGGUGUUGAGGCUCUGAAACAAGUAACUAAGAGAUAUGCCAGGAAGCAAAACCGAUGGGUUAAGAACCGUUUUUUAAGCAGACCUGGUCCCAGUGUCCCCCCCAUAUAUGGCUUAGAAGUGUCUGAUGUCUCAGAGUGGGAGGAAUCCAUUCUUGAACCUGCUCUUGAAAUUGUGCAAAGUUUCAUCCAGGGCCACAAGCCUGCAGCCACUCCAAUAAAGAUGCCAUACAAUAAAACUGAGAACAAGAGAAGUUAUCACAUGUGUGACCUCUGUGAUCGAAUCAUCAUUGGGGACCGAGAAUGGGCAGCGCAUAUAAAAUCCAAAUCCCACUUGCACCAAGUGAAGAAAAGAAGAUUGGACUCAGAUGCCAUCAACACCGUAGAAAGUCAAAGUGUUUCUCCAGACUGUGACAAAGAAUUUAAAGAGAAGAGAUCUCCAGGCCAGAAUGACCAAGAGCUGAAAUCCAGCAUUUAAGAGACAUGUCCAAUGGACUUUGCAAAAGUGGUGGGCUGCAGUUCAGAGGAAGGGAUGUGUCUGUCUCCCAGUCUGGGCUAAGGAGUGCUGUGCAGAAAACUCACACCAUUUUCUUCCAAUCAGUGAUGUGGUUUUAAAAUCUUGUGUUCUCUGUAAUGGAAACAGCAGAUCUUGUCA